GACCCUUAAUGCAAUCCGUAGCACGUCUCUCAUAGACGUUCAAUGGUUGUCGCGUCCAUGGUGUUAUCCGGCGAAUAGCAUUUUUAUUUAGUCUUAAGGAGCGAGUUAACAGUCACAAUGUCUGUUCAAUCAACAAAUCCAAACAACCCGAUUGUCUUCUUCGACAUAACCAUCGGAGGACAGGAUAUCGGUCGAAUGAAGAUCGAGCUGUUUGCCGAUGUGGUUCCAAAGACGGCAGAGAAUUUCCGGCAGUUCUGUACUGGAGAGUUUAGGAAAGAUGGAGUUCCAAUUGGUUUCAAAGGUUGCACAUUCCACAGGGUGAUAAAAGACUUCAUGAUACAAGGAGGGGACUUUGUGAAUGGGGAUGGAACUGGUAUCUGCAGCAUCUACAGAGGUCCAUUUGUAGAUGAAAAUUUCAAAAUGAAGCACUCUGCACCCGGGCUUCUGGCCAUGGCAAACAGUGGGCCAGGGACAAAUGGUUGUCAGUUUUUCAUUACUUGCACCAAAUGUGACUGGCUGGAUGGGAAGCAUGUGGUUUUUGGAAAAGUGGUGGAUGGUUUGCUGAUCAUGAGGAAAAUCGAGAAUGUUCCUACGGGACCCAACAACAAACCCAAGCUCCCCAUCCUCAUUGCACAGUGUGGAGAGAUGUGAUCCGGCCUCCUCACAGCACCACGCCAGGAUUAUUCAGCUUUUUUGUAUCCAUGAAGUAGGGUUAUAGUCACUUGAUAAUCCUCAGCCGACACAUUUCUUUUGCUGUGUGGAGGCCUUUUUCCAUGGUGGAUGUUGAAAGGAUGGCGUGAAAUUCAACAGUACGUUGUUUGGCCGAUUGUCCAAAGUUGUAGAACGGGUUCCAGGUCAGCUGUUAAAUCCAACCCAGAUAAGAUUAUUCACCUGACAGGUGGGUUUUGGAACUGACGAGAUGUGCUAAAUAAAGUAGUUUUACAAAACGUCAUGUCAACACUGUCGUUGGGUCCAAGUGAAGAUGAUUUUUGCUGCAAUUUGUGUUUCAGUCUGUUCAUUGAGGAUGAAUAAAUUGUUUACUUUUUCAUAAACAUUUUAGAGGUGAUCUUCUUUCUUUGGUAAAGCUGAUAGCACUUUUUUUGCAUUGUAUCGUUUUCAAUAAUUAAUUAAUAAUCAUUUCAAUAUGUUUUAAUGAUUAUAUGUUUAGCACUCCAGAUAUGAUACUCCCAAAAUAUGUAUUUACUUUUUAAAAUAUGAAUGUGUAAUUAGCUUGGAUUUCAAAGAAUUUUAAUUGCUACCAUCUUCACAAAAUGCAUGUAUAGAGUACAAUAUUAACAAGCAGAAUCUGAAAUCAUCAGUCUUCCACAAGUUUGGGAUUUUUCUUUUUUAUCCAUAUAUGUAUCUAAAAAGAUCAAUUAUUUCCUUCCAAAUAUCUUAAAUUUAACUUGUUUUAUAGUGUGAGAACACUGGAAGGUUUUCUUCUAAGUCUUCUUCUUAGUCUUCUAAGAAAGAGGUGGAUGGAGAUUGAUUUCUGAAGGUUUACUGGGUAGUUAUCAAUCUCAAUGUAAGGACGCCACAGAGCCCUCCCAGUCACACACUUCAGCACCAAGCACUUCUCUGCUGAACGUAUGGCUUCCUCCUCACACCCUCCAUACAGAUCCAGGCCACCAGCCCCCUCCCCCACCCACGCUCUCCUUCUUCCACUGUGGACCUUCUUCCCGUGGCACAAAAGAACUCUUUCAAAUGGAUACUCUGUUCUUGUGGAGGCAGGAAGAAGUAUUUUUUUAGGGAAGGGGGGGGGGCUCUUGCAUGGAUGAGAUGCUCACUGGGGGUCAAUGCUGGAGCCCAUCUUUGUGUGGGAGAAACGGGGCAAGCUCUUCACAUAUCAGCCAGCGCUCAUAAACAGUGCCAGUGGAGUAUUAACAUGACAAUGGGGUUGUGCGUGUGAGUGGGAGGGGGCGGAGGGGUUGUCUCACACGGUCUGGGUAUGUCGACACUGCGCUACUUGAGGAGGACUGCUUUUAACCUGUUUAAUACGAGAGAAGAAGCAAAUGUUAUGUAUAGGUACUCCUGAAUGUCAGC